CUAAUUCAUCGUAGCUUAGAGAAACUAGAGAAGAGAAAAAGAAAAGACGAGGGUGUAAGCUUGUUUUUGGUAAUUUUAAUUUUGUUGUGAAAGAGAGAAGCAAAAUGGAAAAUAUGCAGGCGGUGAAUAGCUUCGUGGCAGCUUAUCUGAAGAAGAAAGGUUUCAAAGAAGCAGAGCAAUUGUUGGAGGAUCUUCAAAACAAGGAGUCCGCUCCCAUCGAUUUCCACAACGACCCUGAACUCGCUAAGUUCAUUCACCACUUCUCCCAAUCAGAGGAUGAUGUGGCGCGCUACCAGUAUGGGUAUAGCAAACUGAGGUCAUGGACUUAUGGUUCACUGGAUUUAUACAAGCAUGAGUUGCUUCGUGUACUUUAUCCAGUCUUUAUACAUUCGUUCAUGGAUCUGGUAGCAAAAGGACAUCUGCAAGAGGCUAGAACAUUUUUUAAUGCCUUUCGUGAAGACCAUGAACUGAUGCACUCACGUGAUCUUCAAAAGUUGGAAGGGGUUCUUUCUCAGUCUCAUUUGGAGGAGAUGGAAUUCGCUCGUUCUCUUAGGCAGAGUAAAGUUAACAUCAAGAUAUGUCAGUAUUCCUAUGACCUUCUGCUGCAAUAUUUGCACAAAACACAAUCUACUGCAAUGCUUGGGGUCAUCAACGAACAUAUCAACUUCCAAGUUUCUUCUGGGCAGCCCACUUCCAUUUCUGAUGAUGCAGAGGUUGUAACACUUAUUGGGAGCUGCCAGGAUGCAGCUAAUCAGAUAAAUCAGAAAGAAAUACAUUGGGGCUUGCUUGAAGACUCCUUAGAAGAACGCUUGGAGAAAGCAGGUGGUUUGCUUUCAGAUUCUGAAAAGACUGAAGGGGAGAACAAAGAGGGUGAUGUUGAUGAGACUAAGAAAAGAUCAGUUGAAGGUGGAAAGCAAGGUGCCUCAACAAAAAAGUUGAAAAAGGACAAAGCUAUUAAUGCAACAGCAAAAAGUGCUCGUCCUGAGGCUAACACAACCUCCACUGCACCACGAGUCAAACCAGAGCUCACUUUGCCCAUAAUGCCAACAGAGGUAGAACAGUCUAUUCUUGAGGACUUAAGAAACCGCGUACACUUGAGUAGUGUUGCAUUGCCAUCUGUCAGCUUUUAUACUUUCCUCAACACACAUAAUGGUUUGAACUGUUCAUCAAUAUCCCAUGAUGGAUCUUUGGUUGCUGGGGGGUUCUCAGACUCAUCACUGAAGGUUUGGGAUAUGGCAAAGCUGGGCCAACAAGCUGGCAGUUCUACCUUGCAGGGUGAAAUUGAUUCUGCUUCAAGUGAGCAUGUUGUGGGGCCAAAUGGUGGGAAAAGAUCCUAUACAUUGUUUAAGGGUCACUCAGGACCGGUUUAUUCAGCCACCUUUAGUCCUCUUGGUGAUUUUAUUCUUUCCUCUGCAGCAGAUACAACAAUUCGCUUAUGGAGCACAAAACUGAAUGCAAAUCUUGUUUGCUACAAGGGUCAUAAUUAUCCUGUAUGGGAUGUUCAGUUUAGUCCGGUAGGACACUAUUUUGCCAGCGCUUCACAUGAUCGAACAGCAAGGAUUUGGUCGAUGGAUAGAAUACAACCUUUGAGAAUAAUGGCAGGGCACUUGUCUGAUGUUGAUUGUGUGCAAUGGCAUGCCAACUGCAACUAUGUUGCCACUGGCUCUAGUGACAAGACAGUUAGAUUGUGGGAUGUACAAAGUGGAGAAUGUGUUCGGAUUUUCAUUGGUCAUAGGAGUAUGAUUUUGUCAUUAGCAAUGUCACCUGAUGGUCGAUAUAUGGCAUCUGGUGAUGAAGAUGGCACAAUCAUGAUGUGGGAUCUUUCAAGUGGACGCUGCAUUACACCUUUGAUGGGUCACACCUCAUGUGUGUGGACACUUACUUUCAGUUGUGAAGGUUCACUUCUGGCAUCCGGAUCUGCUGAUUGCACUGUAAAAUUGUGGGAUGUAACAACAAGCACAAAGGUCCCAAGGAAUGAAGAAAAGAGUGGGAAUCCAAACAGACUGAGAUCGUUGAAAACUCUGCCAACCAAGUCUACUCCAGUAUAUAGUUUGCAGUUUUCCAGAAGGAAUCUGCUAUUUGGAGCUGGUGUGCUCUCCAAGAAUAUGUAAAUCGCAUUCGCACCCAUGGCCAAUGUUUCAGCGCUAGGGAGGAGGUCAACCAACAGAAUUUAACUAGCAAGCCUAUAGUCUUGCAUCUGUUUUAAGUUUUGGUGAACUAACUUAUAUCCUUAUUUAAUCUAAUUGUUUUCUCCUUUUUUUUUUUUAAUAUUUUUGGGAAAAGAAAAAUCAAAUGUGCCCUUUAACCCCCAAAAAAGGGGGGAAAAAAAAUCCCCUAACAACUUGAUAUGGUGUAAUAUUGUCUUGUGCUUGACUUUGAACGAAUAUGAUGUGAGGCCUGACAUGUAGCUAUCAAAUUCGAGAUGUUAACUAAUGUCUUUUGAAUAUAAAUUGUAAUUACACUAAAGUUCAAAAUAUAUUUAUCAAACAGAUAUUUCAGGAAAUUGCGGCUUUAACAUGUUUAGCUAAUUUGCUCAAACAUUCAAAAUAAUUGAAAAAGAAAAGUCAAUUCUACCGUUUCGUUACAAAUUGCGGUUUGAAUUCGAAAAUUUUCCUUGAUUUCUCACUGUUUCAUUGUGCCCAGGCCACUUUCUCUUGCAACUAAAAUCUGAAAGGUAUGUGAUUGAUAGCUGAUGCUUCCCUCGAAAAAGCAUAAUAAAACCAUAAGGCGGGGAGAUUAUGAGGAUUGCAUGGUUGGAAGGGGAAGCCAAAGUAACAAGGAACAAAUUUGUAGAUUGGAAACAAGGAUGUUCAAUCUGGCAGGAAAUUUACAUAUCCCGUACAAGUAGGACUUGCCUACAAUAUAGGGAACAUUGUGAUUUUUCCCCCAAAAUCACCCUAAGAAGUCUCUGUAACCCUAGAUGUAGUUAGAUUACGUGAUAGAAUGGCGUACAACCGACAGAUACACAGUCAGUACGCAACACACAGCUAACAUCGCGGUUUUCACCACUUUAAAUCAAUGUCUUCUGUUAUGUCACAAAACCAAAGGGUUAAGAUCAUGAUUCAUUUUCGCAGGCAAACAAACUACAUGAAUGUCUAAAUUCAGUUGCCUGCAGAUUAAUCCAGAGCGCAAAUUGCUAGUUAUCCAAUGCAAUCCUAUAUAGAGUUAUCCUUCCCUCUAUAUAUAUGAUAUUUAUCUCUUUACAAUUGAGUAGAUGUAUAGUUUCAAAAGGGAUCCCAAAGAUUAGUUUUCUUUCUCAUCAUCAUCUGUCAUCUCAAACUGAUUUCUAUUUCAUAAAAAAAAAUUGGGUUAUAGAGUAGAAUGUCUAAUGCUGAGAAUUAACUGCUAUCCCUAACAAAUCAUGUAUUAACUCAGGGUAGACUAGAAUAAUACAGUAACCAACAGAUGCCUUUCACCGUAAAUAUAUACGAUAUUAGAAGCAAUGAAGAUAAGAUCGAGAUGGCAAUAGUCUUGUCGUCUUUUGUGUUGUGCAAGAGUCCCACUAGCUAGUCGUACAAUUAUAUGUUAUAUAUGCUUUCCCCUAUCCCCCACAUUCUUUUUUGCAUAUAUUCAUGGGCAACAACCUUUUUCCACCACUCGAACUAAUGUUGGUCGUCACCGAUGAAAGGAAACAACAUCCAGAUUCAGCCGUUUUAGGUUUAUCAACUUCAACUCUUUAAACAAUACUGUAUUAGCCACAAGCAUGACUGCAUGCCAUGAGGUUUCAGACAACCUGCAACAUCAGCAUUUGUCUCAAAUUCAAUCAAACUGUACAAGGUGUUCUUGGCUAUAUAUAAUAACAAAUCACCCCUUAGAGUGAAAUGAUGUCAGACUGAACUUGAAAUAUUGCAGUAGAAAUAGUAGUAGUUUAAUUGAGCUUAUUUCUCCGACUAAAGUUUUAAUUGGUAUAUAAUAUCUCUUUCUUCCCUAAAGGAAAAGAUCUGAUAUGUAAAGAUUAAAGAAAAAGUCAGUGGCGAGUACAUUCUUUAAGAGAAGAGACCAUCAUUUCUCCAUAUAAUGUUGGACAGAAUUAAAAUUUUCACUAAUGCAUCGAAACAAAACAUCCACUUACGAGUGAUCCUAACAUAACUGAUUUAAUUGAUAAUUCUAAUACCUUGUUGCCGGAAAAUAAAACAAGCAAAUUUGGAACUCUUGCCUUGUGAAUUGGAGAUAGUUAACCGCAAAUACAGUUAUAGCAAUAGCAUUUUGAAGCGAUAGAAGCCAAUCAUCGGCAUUUUGAUAUAAUCUCAAGAGAGCUAAAACUGAUGAUUUAAUAUAACUGUCUAAUAAACCUUCUAAAGUCUUGUGCCUUUAUUAGAAGCACUGUCAAUCUUCUCUCUAUAAUUCCUGCAACGACAGAAAUGAAAAAAAAAAAUCUAUGAAGACAGUCAAAUUGUGAACCACUGCAAGUAAAACAAAUAACAACAGUUGCACACAUUUUCAUUUCCACAAACUUAUGGAAGCCUUAAUUUCAUUGACAGUUAGUUAAGUGGAUACCAGGGAAAAACCCAAAAAAAAUUGCAGUUUUCACAUCUCAAGAGUUUAGCUGCCACUACAUUCUUGAGAACCGUACAUGCUCAGGUAACACGAAGCACAUGCAAUUGUCUAGACAUUUUCAAGACAUUGGUUAUAAAUACCACAACUUAUGCCUGAUGCCUCCAAAUCCCAGCCAUGACAAGUGGUCUAGAGUGAGAAAAUAUAUAGUGGGCAACCCCUAUAUGAGAAUAUGUAAAAGCUAAUGUCCUUGAUAUCACUAUUCAACCAAUGGAUUUGGAUAAUCAGACAGACAAAAAUUGUUUUGAAACAAAAGGCACCCAACAGGUGUAGUCUCUAUUAUUUUGUUUCAUGAAAGCAAAGAUUUCUAAGCAGGUCUUGUCCCUGAAAUUCAAGCAAUUACAUAUGGUUAAUGUUUGUAUAGAAAGAGUGGGUAAUUAUAAUUCUUGUUCUUAAUGAAUUUCACAUUCAUAAUAAUGCUAUUCAAAUUUUUUCCAAUAAAAUGAUUUUCUAAAAAUACAUGCAUUAACUAUAUAAUUAAGAAAUUAGAUGCUUAACAUAUCUCUAUAUAUGCAGCCUUCCAGGAGGAUCCCUUUCCUCUUCUCUUUUUCUCUUAAACCUUCCUAAACUGUUCAUAAAAUAAAUUUCCAGAUGAAAUAAUUUCUUAGAAAACCUAAAUUUAGAGGCCAGUCAUUAUAUAAAUGCAGUUUGCCAUAAAAAACAUGAACUAUUUCACAUAUUAAAAGUACUGCAGAAGAGUAAAGUUGAAUUCGUUUAAUAAAAAAGUCAGUAAGGAACGUACAAAAGGAGAAGGAAAAAGAAAUUAACAGUUUCCAAAUUCAUACAUACGAUCAAUAUCCCAAAUUGUAGACAAAUUCAAAUUGAUCAUAUCUGCUAAAAGAUUUUGAAUGUACACCAAUGUUAUAUUACAACCAUUUUUAAUGUACUCCACCAAAAUUAAGAAGAAAGCGGUACAAAUAUUUUAAUUAAAGUGUAGCACUUCAUUGGUAAGAAUUCGGGCCAUACAACAUGCACACGUCACUUCCAUGGCUAAUAAUUGAUUUGGUCACAUCUUCAUAAAUCAGUUUUCAACACUCAUUAUAAGUUUUUGAAGUUAAGACCCCAAGAUAAUAGAUCAUCCAUCCCAGCCAAAACUUUUGGUUUUCUUGGUUAAGAUUAAGAAAUUCAUAACCCUUCAACCUAAAAGUAAAAGGCUUCUAAUCUCCAGACCAAAACUUGAUUUACCUUAUUUCACAAUAGUUCUCCUCUGUGCUUUCCUAUAUUAAUUUGGAUAUACAAUUGGUUCAAAACAUUUAAAAGAAAUUACUGCCUUCAAGGUUUUCAACAUCGUCCCAAUUAGCACUAUAAAGCUUUGAUAGCGAGCACCUUUCAUAAAUUAUACAAACGCUAUACAAAGGUCAUGGCUUUCUAAAGCCUGCCGAUGUUAGUCUCUUUGAAAUCGAUCAGACUUAGCCUGACAAAGUUCGGUUCACUCCCAGAUAUUUGAUUUCAUCACAGGAGAUUAACUUAUAUGAUUUAACAGAUAGGGAUCAGCGAAUUAUUGAUUAAAAGCAAUAGAAAUGGAAUAUACUUAUAAUUAAGGACAAAUUAAUUAAGUUACCUUUUAAGUCACAAGAUUGUUCUGAAACUAGAAACACAGCUCCUCAUACACACUUCCAUCUUCGACGCACCCGGGAGCAGCAACAUUCUGCAGCAAACAAAUUGGUAAUAGAUUAUUGUGAUUAAUCUCCAACGGAGUUAUAAAGUUUAAACAAACUCUAGAAGAUGUUAGAGUUAGCAAUUUAAGAGUUGAAAGUUCCAAGAGAGAAUCUAUCACAAGUGCAACUUCUGUAUUAUUCAUAAAAACAAUCACAAUUGCAAUGUCUGUAUCAUACCCCAGAAACCUGCAUCCAUAUCAUAAGUGCAAUGUCUGAAUUAUUCAGACUGAUCAGUUUUUAUUAACUUUUCCUUCCUUUAAUGCGAGAGCUCUCUUGGAAACACUAAAAGGGAAGCAGCCUAUUUUAAUGCUGUCUGAGGUACAAAGCAAAAGUAUAGCACCUAUCAUUGAUAUUCCAAAUAGAUAAACUAAUGCACACCAAUCGGAAUUGUUUCAGUACAUCAAAAAGAUGUGCAUUCACGCUGCCAUGUUGCCCCGAGAUAGAUAAUUCCGAACAAGGAGGACGACAAAAGUUGCAUGAUUUUUAAGAAUUAAAAGCUGGUCUAGCUGAAUAUAUAUGCAGAUAGGCUGACUGAGGAUCCCACAAUUUGACCAUCAAUUCAAAGUCCAUCAACUCAUUUGUGGUUUUUAGAAUUGGAUGAGAAAUAAAAAUAACUUUCGGUGCACCAAGCAUAAAAGCUGUAAAAGCAAAAAGCACUCAAAUUAUAUAUAAAGCAGCUCAUCUACCUGUUUGUUAUAAUAGGAAAAUGAGCAAAUUAUGAUAUCCUCGUUCAUUUAGUAAUUAACAGUACUCUCUAUCUACUUGGAAGCAUAAACUAUAAGACUUAAUAACAUAGACCAAGAAUUUAUUCACUCAAAAUCUCAGAUGAACAAACAUAAAUGUGCUAAAACUUGAAAAUAUAUAUUAAAAAAAAAAAAAAACCCUCCCAAGCAUUUUGCACUAUUAUACCUAGGAAAUCUAGUCCAGCAAGAACUUAAAAUUUGACCAAGAUAAAUUACAUUGUCCUCCCUAUCCCUAAAAAUUUAUGACUGCAUACAAAUAUCAGCAUUUCAAUCUUUUCUUACUUGUUUUGAAGUACUCUUAACCUGACUUGGGGAUUUCACCAUUUGGUGCUGAUAACCCAUAACACCAAAUUAUACUUUUUUCGAACAACUAAAUGCAAACCCAAUUCAUAUAGUUGGUAAAAGAUUCGAGGCUUCAGCUACCAUCAACAACCCUUUGCUUGAGAAAAAAAGGUUGAAUGAAAUGGAAGAUUAAUAAUCAGACAGAACGAAAAGGGAAAUGGAAUAGGGUGAGUAGAUCAAAAUGGAUUACUAAAGAUAUUAAUUAUCAUACUAGCUAAGGAGGUGAAUUGCAUGGAGCAAGGUUUUGCCAAUGGAAUGUAAACUCUGCAAAAAAGUAACCACAUAUGGUUAAAUUGAUACAUGUAAUCAUGUAAACAGACAAUGCAGUCCAUUUAAUUCAAGCACAAUAUACUUUACAUUCAAUAUUAAUUAAAAAACUUCGAAUCAGAAUUGAGAUUAAUUAAACCUAUCAUUGCAAUUUGAAAGUUAUAAUUAUGAUAAAACCAAUGUAUAAUAUGUAUAUCUAAUGAAA